UCAAGGUCUUUAAAUUGUAACUAAAUAUUGAUCUCUGCUUUUAUUUCUUUCUUGCAUACUACUAUAGAUGGCUGCCAGUGGAACGCUUCAUGUAGCAGUUGAGAUCAAGUCUUCUCCAGAUAAAUUCUGGGGUAGCAUUAGGGACUCUACGUCUCUCUUCCCCAAGUUCUUCCCUGACCAAUACAAGAGCAUUGAAGUACUUGAAGGCGAUGGCAAGGCUGCUGGCUCAGUCCGUCUCUUCACUUAUGCUGAAGGUUCUCCAAUUGUUAAGAUCUCGAAAGAGAGGAUUGAUGUUGUUCAUGAAGCAGAGAAGAAGGUUUCUUACAGCGUGAUUGAAGGUGAUCUCCUGAAAUACUACAAGGUUUUCAAGGGCCACAUAACUGUUCUUCCAAAGGGAGAUGGAAGCUUGGUGGAAUGGAGCUGUGAGUACGAGAAGACAAGUGAUGAGGUUGAAGUUCCGCACAUUAUCAAGGACUUCGUUGUAAAGAACUUCAAGGAGGUGGAUGAACUUAUUCAGGAUCAGAAGGUUUAGAUCGGUCGGUGCUGUUAUUGCACAUUGAGUUGUAUUGUAGUAUUAUUAGUAAAAUAAUGUAGAGUAACCUGCUCUGCAGUAUUCUGAUAAUUAAGGUACUUCAUCUACGGUAAUUGUUACCAUACAUGUCUUUUGUUUGUGCAAUGAAUGUUCUUAAUUAGCACCCUUGUUAUCA